GUCGAUUUUGACUUAGAUCGCACCUUUCUCUGCCAUCAGUCGGCUUGCUUUGUAUCUUCCCAAGCGCUCUACAGUGCACGAUAUAACUCUACCCAGUCCAGGCUGGAAUCACGUGAGACACCUCGAAUUGGCCUUGCACGCCCGAACUGUCAGUACGCAGCCUCAGACCUUGGGGCGCCGAAUAUUCCUUAAGUGCAGAAACCAUCACGAUUCAUCUCUUCUCCAUAUCAUUAUAUCACGCCCCUCUCAUCUACAAUGGACCAGGCGGCUGAGAUUGUCUGGGGCACGUUCGAGGGCACACUUCGCACAUUAUAUCUGGAGCAGGAUUUGAGUCUCACGGAGGUCAUGCACGAAAUGGCAACCAAGCAUCAAUUCAACGCAACUAAAUCACAAUAUGAGCUUCAGUUUAAGAAGUGGCACUUUCGAAAGAAUCGCACCGCAGGCGAAUGGAAGAUAGUAGCUCGCAAAUUAGCAGAAAGGAAAAAUAAGCAUAAGGAGAGUGAGAUAGUCCUGAAUGGAAAACCGAUCAAUCCAAAAAAACUCAGGAAAGAGACUCUGCGCUAUGGGUCCAUGUCUACCUCAGUUCAAAUUCAUCCGCCAGACCCAUCGCCGCCAACUCCUGAAGGCUUCAUUAUUCGUACGCCAUCACCAAAGUUCACCACAUCCAUGUCAAUACUCAACGUUCACCGACCAAUAAAUAUCAACCCGGUAUUAAUGGAUUGCCUUCCUUUCCAUCAAUUUAUUUCUAGAUUCAGCCACGCAGGGAAUCCCUUCUCAUUCAUCACCGAGAACGACGGGUCUAAUUCAGUAGCUCUCUCUCAGGAAUGUCAAUUCAGCGUCCUCGGAGAGUUGACAGAUAUGGAUGGUAGGAAGGUGACGGGACCUUUAAGUAAUAUUUCCAAAGCUCUCUUGCCUGAGAAUAUCUUUUUCAGCAGCCCGACAGCCGUAGAUAUGGCAAUAUCGCACCGACAAUCGUCUUCAGACCUGCACUUUCUAAAGCUAUCCAUGUACCUGGCCUCAAAUAACGUCUUCGGGCCGACUACAGAUGUCAGUACGAAAGUCUAUCAAUGGGUAAAACACCACUUGAACGCCGGCCUGAUGGAAUAUAUUUUGUCAAUUGGUGGACCUACAGUCGAGGCCCUCGCCGAGCAUCUGUUUCGGCUUGCUCUCGACGCUGAGGAUGUUCGCACCAUCAACAAAAUGAUGAAGUUGGGUAUCAAUCCUAACGAACAAGUGUGCCGUACUGAGCGGGGCACUUUUACGCCACUUCUUCAUGCGUGUGGCAUGCAAAGCCUGAAGCUAGUCAAGGCAUUAAUAGGUGGAGGAGCGAAGGUUAAUCACUCAGUGGGAAACGGAGAUGCCGAAUUGGUACUAUUGUUUGCCCUGAAGUGCAGAGACGAAGAUAACAAACUCAAGGCACUUGUAGACCCCGAGCUUGUGCAAAUCCUGCUUAAUGCUGGUGCUGUCAUCAACCCUAGCUUAAGGAUAUCUCCUCUUGUCAGUGCCGCUGAGUGGGGACACGUUGAAGUUGUCGCCCUUCUUGUUUCUGCGGGCGCCGAUGUGAAUAUCGUUGUACGCGAUGGUGGUCCCACUUCAGCUCCGCUCAUAACAGCUAUAAAGUGCGGAAGUGAUAUCCCAAACCGAGACGUCAUCAGCGUGGUUCAUAUUUUGCUCCUGGCUGGAGCAGAUCCAAAUGGAGUAGCCACAAGGCCCACAAUCUACGGGGAAGUUGAAACACCAUUGGGAGCCGCAAUGCGUAGGGAAAGCAUUGAAUUAAUUCAAUUGCUUUUGGGCAAUGGAGCUCGGGUCGAUGAACAGUCAUUCGUUGAAGCUGUACGUUGUUGCGAUAUUAAUGUCGUGAAACUGUUGCUUAAUUCCGGAGGCCAAGUCACAGAGUCAGCCAUUGAAUGUGCGGUUGGGGACAAUUCUACGAUGGUGUUUUUCCUCCUAGAGAACACAGACAAGAGAAUUAAAGAAAGGUGCAAAACUGCUGCCUUGACUAAGAGCAUCGAGUGCGGGGAAAUGGCUCUGAUUCAGGAGUUACGUGCAUCUGGAGCCCAACUCGUCCAAAACUAUAAGCUCAAGGUUGCCAUUCGGCAAGUAAUCAAAGCAGGGAAUACUCCUGUUCUUCGCUUCCUUCUAGACGAAAAAUCGGGAUACCGAUCCCUGUCUCUUGAAUCACUCGAUAGUGGGCUAUGGACUGCUAUAAAUAAUCAUCGG